GUUUAUUUCCCAGCAUGCUGGUGCUCGUGCAAUACAAUUGCGUUUGGAUUCGUGGGUCAGAGAUUUUUGAUGGCCCCUUGCGUGAGCACCUGAGCUGCCACAUUUUGCUGCACUCAUAUAAGAGAGCCACCCCAAUGCCUGAGCUGCCCAUCACUUGACGAUACAUCAAAGUACUGCACAUCAGCCUUACCCAGACUCAAUCAAGAAAGAGCUAUAUAGUCGCCACUCGACUUUACCAUCCCAUCACAUUAACUCAAAUUCACCACUUCAACGGGCCGAACAUCAACAACCAAAAUGGUCAACUUCCACAUCACUGAGCCUCACCCCUCUGCCAAGUCCUACCUCUACUCUGGCCGUGGAGGUGCUGGCAACGUAACCCGCGUCAAGACCUCUGAAAUCACCGACGGCCGCACGGCAACAGGCCCAGCAUCCCGCGUCAAGCUCACUCCUCCUCCUUCGACCGGCUAUUUCGCCUCCGGCCGUGGCGGCGCCGGCAACAUGCGCACCCACAAGGAGCGCGCCAUGUUCAGCUUCGAUGAGGAACUGGAGCAGCAAGAGCGUAUGCGAUCCCAGCAAGCCCCCGUCUACCACAUCGGCCGCGGCGGCGCCGGAAACCUCGUCGAUGAGAUGAAGCCCAGGAGCCAGCGCCAGGACUCUGCAUCAUCGAGCAGCUCUGUUGAGAGCGAGAAGGAUGGUGUCCGCAGGAGUCUGGAGAGGUGGAGCAGCCGUCUGUCCCGCAAGGUGUCCAACUACUAGACUCCUCGCUCCUUCUUCCCUUCACUAAUUCCUAUUACGGCAUGUCGACAUAUGGUUGAGGGCUGGUCCUGAUUCCCUCCUGCUACUCACGACAUCGCCCUUCAUCAUCAUCUUCAAACAUCCAGCAU